GUAGGGAUAUCGUUGGGGUUAGUCAGUAGUCGGUAGUCGGUAGUCUGUAGUCUGUGUGGAGACUUCGCACACGCGAUUGGUUAUGUGCUUAAUUUAGAGUAACUUGUUUUUAAUGUGAGUAAAGUUUUAAAUUAUUUUACGGUGUGUUUAAAUAUAAUCUUUCGUUAUCAUUAUAUUUUAAUUAUUUCGAAAUUGUGAAAAUUGUGUGCCGUAUUAAAUAUUUAAAUUAAUACUGCAGCCAUGCAACGUGCCGGCAGCAGCUCAGAGGAGCGCACGCCGCUCGUGCAGCCCACUUAUGUGUUUGAGUCCAGUAUAUCCAGGAGCUACCAGAAGCGGCUGAGGAAGUUCCAGUGCGCUAUAUGCGUAAUACUGAUAGUGAUCCUCUCCGUAGCGAUGUUGGUGACGGUAUCCUACAACUUGAAUGGAGACGAAAUCAUCAGAACCACAGAACCGACGCCCGUGGUUAAUCUGUCUGGGACUAACCCAGAUUUAGCGCCCCUGUUACAGAUGACCUGGCCAUUAGAAGGACCACCGCCAAGGAAGUGGCCGUCCAAACCGCUCGCAAAAGAGGACAUAGCGGCCGCGGUUGCGCAGGGGAAUGACGCGUUGCGCAAGCGCAGCAUCAUGGAGAGCACCCUCAUUCCCCUGGACAACGACUCGCCAGCCUCGCGAGCUCAAAGGGCGGCCGCUACAUCAGCUGAUGUCAAACCCUUGGCGGACACCGCGUACGCAGCAGAACAAGCCACUAGGAUCCUUAUUAAUGAAACAGAAGCUCCCACAUAUGACGGCAGCGUGGGGAUAGGGCCAGACAUCAACGGAUCUUUCCCAGAGCCUCCAUACUGCAAGCCGCAGACAAGUCCAUGCGUGAUGUCCAAAUAUAGGAGUCAGGAUGGGACCUGCAACAACUUGCGGAAUCCCUUACGCUGGGGAGUGUCCAACACGCCCUUUAGAAGGGUGCUCCCGGCCGACUACGGUGAUGGUAUAAGUUCGCCCCGUACUGGCAAGUACGGACCGCUGCCCAGUGCUCGCGACGUGAGUGUCACAGUGCAUAGGCCGAGCUAUGCGCACGAUUCCGCCUUCACGGUGAUGCUGGCCGUGUGGGGGCAGUUCAUUGAUCAUGAUAUCACCGCUACUGCUCUUAGCAAGGGCGCCAACAGUUCCUCCCUUCAGUGCUGCAAGGCCAGUCAGCCACAACACCCAGAAUGUUUCCCGGUGGAGCUGGACAAAGAGGAUCCUUUCUAUCAGGACUAUAACAUCACUUGCAUGGAGUUCGUGAGAUCUGCGCCGGCGCCUACUUGCCACUUUGGUGCCCGCGAACAGCUGAACCAAGCGACCGCGUUCCUCGACGCCUCGGCUGUAUACAGUUCCGCGGCGCACAAGACGCUGCGCCUGCGCACGCGUGCGGGCGGCGCGCUACGCAUGCUGCGGGCGCGCGCCGGCGACCUGCUGCCGCCCUCCACCGACCCGCGGGACGGCUGCAACACGGUAGAGAUGAACGCCAAGGGGAGAUACUGCUUUGAGUCGGGUGACGACAGAGCGAACGAGAACCUGCACCUCACCACGAUGCACCUGAUCUGGGCGCGCCAGCACAACCGCGUCGCCGCGCACCUGCAGCGCCUCAACCCGCACUGGGAAGACGAGACAGUGUUCCAGGAGACGAGGAGACUGCUGGCUGCCCAGAUGCAGCACAUCACAUAUGCAGAGUUCCUGCCCGCUAUACUGGGUGUGGAUGUGAUGUGGGCGUUGAACCUGACGCUGCACAGCGACGGCUACUCCAGCGCGUACGACCCAACUAUUGAUCCCUCCAUCGCGAACCACUUUUCUGCAGCUGCUUUUAGAUUUGCACACACGUUACUACCGGGCCUGAUCCAGCACGUGGACUUGCAGACGGGCACAGUGAGCUACACGCAGCUGCACGAGAUGCUGUUCAACCCGUUCGCGUUGUACGCGCGGGACGCGGGCCGCGGCGCCGUGCGCUCCGCCAUGCGCACCCCCGUGCACAGCGUGCACCCGCACGUCACCGCUGAGCUCAGCAACCACCUGUUCGAACGUCCCAAAGGGAACUCCUCCCUCAGCAGCACCACAGACACCAUGGCCCACCCGUGCGGCUUGGACCUGGUGUCGCUUAACAUCCAGCGCGGGAGAGACCAUGGUCUGCCCGCGUACCCUGCCUGGAGAGAGCUGUGCGGUCUGCCGAGACCCACCAGCUUCCAAGACCUCCAGGGGAUCUUUGAUGAUAUGUCUUUGAGUCGGAUCUCGAAGAUUUAUAAGAGCGUAGACGACAUAGACCUAUACACCGGCGCCCUAGCAGAAGCCCCACGCGGGCGCUUGCUCGGGGCCACUCUCACGUGUCUGGUGGCGGACCAGUUCUACCGGCUGAAGGUAGCCGACAGGUUCUGGUAUGAGACCGACCAGCCGGACGUGCGGUUUACACUCCAACAAUUAUAUGAAAUACGCAAAACAACCCUGGCGGGUGUGAUCUGCGCGAAUGAGGAACUGCUCGACCAGGCACAGCCCAGGGUCAUGGAAGCCCUUAGUGCUACGAACCCUCUAGUAGAUUGCAAGGAACUGCCCCAACCCAGCUUCACCCCCUGGAAGGAAACACCCCCCAAGGACCUGGACAACAAGGAAACCAAAAUGGAUGGCAGGAAGAAUAGAAAAACGUAGUAGGAUUUUGUCUUUCGUUUUGAUUUGUAUGAGGAAAGUGUAGAGAUGAAUGGGUGUUUUUUUUUCGAUUGCUUGUUGUUUGGUUUUAAUGCUAUUUGUUACUUUUUUAUUUAAAGCAAUUUUUUUGAUAAAGUUUUCUUUUUUUGAAUUGAUUGAAUAUUAUGUGUGGUCUAAAAAAUGAAUUGUUUAUUUUGUUUUUAAUUAAAUUCAUCGAAAAUAUUCAGUAAAAAAGACAAGAUAUAUCUUAAUUUUACUUGUUAAUGUCACAUUCAUGUUCCUUUUUAAUAUUUUGUAAAAGAAGUUACCGUUAUUAGUUUACUUUAACUAUUACUUAACUAACAAAAAAAAAGUGGAGAUUUUCAAUUUCACUGUCUUUUUCUGUAUUUGUAUCUCAGUAUCAUUACUUAAACUGGGUGAACCAACCUUAAUGAUUUUUUUUUUA